CUGGAUUCGACGCGUCCUCGCCAUGUCGGACGUGCGAUCCGUCAUCAUCCAGUCCGUCUUCAACCGAAGGAACGCAGCAGGCAACCUAGAAGAGACCUACAUCGCCCAUGUCAAGGUCUGGGAAGACGCCGGACCGGAGGGUGGCGGACGGAAACCGCGAUACAUCUUGCUUUCCCAAUCGAACAAUGGGAGCGGGUUCAUCCACAAGUCGAAGAUGAACAACAAUGGGACGUUUUCUGUGGGCAAGACAUGGAGACUACCCGAGCUGCGCGGCGUCAAUGUCAUUAACCCAUCCAACUUCAGCAUCACGCUGUCCAGAACGUAUCGCUGGGAGACGGAAGAUGCUCUCGAACAGCGGAACUUUGUCGAGGCGCUUGUACGGCUCUUCCACACGGUCACCAAUGGACAGGCGCCUUUGCGUGUGGAGGGGAUUGCUGUGCCGGAACAACCAGUCGCCGGACGACAACCGAUCCAGAAUGACUACUACAUGGCACGCUCACCCUCCCCCAAUGCUGUCCCGGCCCCAACACCAUCUCGAAGAAUGCGUGCGCCCACAGAACGUCAGCAAAGACCACAGACAUCGGAACGCGAUUACGAUCAGGGCCAACGCAUCCCCUCUCCCGCACCUCGCUCCCAAUCGCGUGCCGGUCCAUCCACCUCUCGACCUGCUUCUCCUGCCCAAUCGAGCCGAAGUUAUGGUCGACCUCCCGCUUCUUCGCGAAGACGGGACGAGUCUGUCUCACGCAUGCGACCUCCCUCUCCCACCCACUCCACGACAAGUACAGCUUCGCGCCCCUCGCGUGCGCGUCCCCCGCCCGUAUCGUCUUCGUCUGCUAAUGCAGCGAUGAUGCCGCCACCACCUUCAACUACCAGAAGCACCUUCGCAACUCACCCCGCAUCUUCUUCGAAUUUGAGAACCUCGGACGUCACACAGCAGCGCUCUGUGAGCCAGGCUUCUUCGUUCGACGAUCAGUCGAUGCACAGCGUUCCGAACGGCUACCCCUCUUCCUUACGCCCGGGCGGAGGAGCGACAUCACCCGCGCCAGAAACUCGUUCGCGAAAGCAGUCUAGCCGCUCAGCGGUCGACACACAGCCUCCUCCUCCACCAGCUGCUGAGCCCAGGUUACCUCCGCCACAAAAGGAGAUCCAGCAAGCUGCGCCCCAACGACGAGACCAGAAAGUCCGCAUCUCCUUCUUUGACCACGCGAACCAAGCGACGGUCGACAGGUUACUGGCGGAAGGAGCCGAGGAUCUGGAAGGCGAGGGCGAGGAUGAGAGCGCUCAGGCCACGUUGGCGAACGUUGAGGAGAUGAUCGAGGGUUACGAGUACGCCACGGACGAUGUUAUCGGCAGGAAAACCUCAAGAGGGGCCGCAGAUCUCAUUCAAGCACGAUUGCUAGAAGAGCUGGCUGCAUUGGAUAAGGCGAAUAUACAUUCGUUCUUGGAGUCGGACGAUCGUAUAGGCACCGUGCUGAACUAUGUCGACAAAGCUCUCGCCGAGCUCGACAACAUGGACAGUAUGGUGACAUCGUACAAAAUCCAUCUCAACGCCGUCAGCGAGGACAUAUCCUUUAUCCAAGGCCAGAAUCGUGGCUUGCAAGUGCAGACGCAGAACCAACAUGCGCUCCUUGGCGAGCUGCAGAACCUUUUGCAAACCGUGCAAGUCAGCCAGCAGACCCUGGUCGCGCUGACACAAGAGUCGCUGGAGAAGCCCUCAGGGAUACAAAACCUGGAAGAGGCUGCCGCGGAGCUGUACAAGGCACUGCAAGCUGCGAAGGACCGAGACAUGGCCGCGACGAUGGAGCGCCUCGAGAGCUAUCAUACGCACAACUCGCAGUUCUGCAAGCGUAUAUUGGACUAUCUGACAAUCAUGUUCACCGCUCAGUCCAAAAUGCUCUUGGGCGACUUCAACGGCGUGCUCAGGAAUAAUGGCCGCCUCAGUAUCGUGCCGCAUAUUGAGAUGGAGCAGUACCUUGGCAGAUAUGCUGGACUAAUGCUCUACCUCAAGGAGAUGGAUGAGGCGAUAUAUGCGAAGCUCUGCGCUGCCUAUUUCUCAGCUGCGAGCGAGCUGCACUCGACGCAGGUCCGAGCACUUCUGAAUGGCUAUCUUGCGACCAUCAAGAAGGCGUCGGAGGAUGAGCAGGAUCAAGGCUUCGGCGCUCCUAACCCCUCCAGCGGCAUCAACAAGUCCAACCUACGACGCGCAGGCACCGUCCUCCGCGAAGGCCGCAAAGACAAGGAGAAGCCCUCAUCCGGCGACACCGCUGCCGCCGACGCCCUGUCCCGCAUCCUUGAAGAGACUAUGCCCAUCGUCACACGCGAGAGCGAGUUCAUCGCGGACUUCCUGCAGAUCAACGAGGCGGGGCUGACCUUCGCCGACUAUAUGGGCAUGGAUAACUACUUCCGGAGGCAGGCGGCGAGGCAGGCAGGGUUGAGCCAGACGACGAUGAAGCUUGUAAGGGGGGCGUUGGAUCUGAUCUUUGGGUUCUUGCCGAUGGAGUUGAAGGGGUGGCUGGAUGCGGCGUUGGCGAAGGAUAACACGCAAAUCGUCGGCAUGCAGGUUGUCGUCGAACGCUUCGUGGCCGACGCCGAGGAGCGCGGACAACAAUUCAUGGUCAGCAUCUUGAGCAAGCAGCAGCAGAGAUUGAAGGGCCUGUUCGACCGCCACGUCAACGAGCAGAUCAAGAACAUCAGCCAGACGAAGAUGACGACCAAGAAGCGGCAGGGCGUCGCGCCCUUCGUCAAGUACUUCCCUGUAUACAUCAGCCGUAUCGAGAGCCAGCUCGUCGGGGCCGAGUCGACGGAAGUUCGCGUCAAUGUGGACACGGCGUACGAACGCAUCGUGCAGGGCAUGUUCGACGCUCUGAAGGCGAUGGCGAAGAUGGACGGCGAGGACGAAGAUAAGGGGCAAUUGAAUUACCACGUCGUUCUCAUCGAGAAUAUGCACCACUUCGUGGCGGAAACAUCGCAGAUCUCUGUUGGUUCCGCUUCGAGCUUCCUCAAGCGUGCGAAGGGCAUGUACGAAGAGAACCUGAACGCCUACGUCAAGAUUGUCCUUCGGCGGCCUUUCGCGAAGAUCAUCGACUUCUUCGAGGGCGUGGAACGCAAUCUCAAGACGACCGCCCCGGCACAGAUAUCUAACAUGCCUGGCUACGGCAAAUCGGCUCUCAAGAAGGUCGUGAAGGAGUACGACGCCAAGGAUAUUCGCAAGCACGUCGACGCCCUGUUCAAGCGCGUGGAGAAGCACUUCGACGAGGCGUCCGAGAAGGCGAUGGCGGCCGAGACGGGUGGCAUUCCCCCAGGGACUGUCAUGGUCGGUGUAUGGAAGGCGUGCGAGGAGGAGCUGCUGCGCAUCACUGAGCUCUUCAACAAGCGGCUCGCGCAAUGCUACGCGGAGAGCGGCGUGUCCCUCGACUAUACCCCGGCAGACGUCGAGGCGGCCUUCCGCCGCCACCGGUUGUAAGGCGCACGUUCACUGGACUGUCGAUAUUUUUAUGUCUUGAUUGGAUUCUAUUCUGCGCUACGCGAUGCAUUGACUAAGGGAACGUACGCAAGCCAAGUGUAAGCAGUACCAAACUGUAUCAAUGUACAUGUGAGUUCUGGAGUCCGUUGGAUGUCCGUACGAGGCACCGUCUAUGCAUGGCUCGUAUGGCUAGAUAAUUGACGCGUUUAAAUGGCUGGCUGGGGGAAGGACGGCGCGGCGCCCGAGUCGUGGGGGUUGGGCAAGUUCUCAGCGUAAG